AUGGAAACAAAGAAAAACAAGGAGAGCUCGUUUGGCUUAAACUACCCAACCCUGACAAAAACAAAUUACACGGCCUGGGCUAUGAAAAUGAAAGUUUACAUGCAGGCACACGGUGUAUGGGAGGCGAUUGAGUCUAAGGAUCCUAAAGCGGUUGUUGAGGACAAGAUGGACAAACGGGCACUAGCUGUGAUUUACCAAGGAAUACCUGACGAGAUAGCGUCAACUAUUGAACAGUUUGGCAACUUAGAAAAAAUGUCUGUGGAAGAAACAAUUGGCUCCCUUAAGGCACAUGAAGAAAGGCUAAGGGGGAAAACAGAGAGUAGUGGUGGUGAACAGCAACUUCUCCUCACAGAAGAAGAGUGGGCGAAGAAAGAAAGUGUUGACGGACAGGUGCUUCUCACACGAGAAGAAUGGCUGAAAAGAACGAACAAAGGGGGAACACGGAGUGGCAAUGAAGCUCGUGGGAAGGAAUUUGUUCGUAGUGGAAGAAAGUGUCGAAAACCGAGACGAGAUAAAGAACAAAGAAACGAGGUGAACUUGACUCAAACUAAUGACGAUGAACCUACUCUUUUGUUGGCAAAAUGUGAUGAUAACAAGGGCGAACUGAUCCUGCUAAAUGAAGGGAAUCUGACUCCAAAACUGAACAUUGCUACAGAUGGGAAAAGUGAAGACUCAAACAUGUGGUAUCUUGAUAAUGGGGCUAGUAAUCACAUGACGGGCCAGCGUUCAAAGUUUACAGAGUUAGAUGAAAGUGUAACUGGACGAGUUAAAUUCGGUGACGGUUCCACAGUAAGCAUACAAGGGAAAGGAUCAGUAAAUUUCAUGACCAACAACGGAGAGGUACAUGUUCUCGAGGAGAUUGUACAAGGUAAUCAUCAAAGAAUUCAAGGGCUUAUGCUUAUUGUCAAAGGCGGAGGAAAUCUCUUGGCUGUGGCACUCGAGAUUGGGUCAUGUUAA